CAGAUUUUGCACUCAAUUGAAACCGUUAUAGAGCGGAAGGAGAUUGACACAAUGAAAUGCGUUGACGCAAAGAAACGGAUUUUAAAAAUUCUUUUCCUUGAAACGAUAUCUUCCUUUCUGAUGAAUAAAGUGAUGAUCAGAAAAUUCUGCGACUUUGAGUUUUUCGAAAAAUACAAAGAAAAAAUCUUUUUUGUUGCAAAAACACUCCAAAAAAUGGAAUACGAAACAUCAGAAAUGUAUAUCAUCCACUUGAAAAAUACUAUAGACGAUACUUUUGGCGUUUUCGACGAGUUUUUUGACAGAAUCAACAAAACAAAGGUCGAGGAAUUAGAAAAGGAAAUACUGAAAAAAGAAAAUCUCGGGAAAAUGAGUGAGAGGGACGGAAUAAGCAGCACAGAAGAGGCACGAAAUCGAGGGGAAUUGACAUUAGCACAAAAGGAGAUUGAAGCAUUACUCAAAACUUCGUCACUUUCGAUCAUACGGUCACUAAACAAAUCAGUCGCACAUAAAUAUGUUGAGGCAUUCAAGAUGACGAACUCAACUGUCGACGACUACUUGGUUUAUGACCAGUUCGUGUUAUCCGUAGAAAGCUUCUCGAGGACAUAUUCGGCUUAUUUACAGGCGAGUUUGUCAGAGAUGGAGACGAAAACUAAAAUACAUCGAAAAUUUGAAGAGAGGGUUAAAAACGCGACAAAUAUUGUGUUGGAAAAGAAACAGACCAAUGAUACUCUUUUGGAGAAGCUCAACAAACUGAGAAAAGAAAAACGCUUGCCUUUGUUGUCAAGGGAACAGUUGAUUGAAAGUUCAGAAUUGAUGAUAAAUAACAAUUGUGAAGAAACAAAAGAAGAAAAAACAAAGAGAACAAGCUUCAAACAAACAGUAUUCAAGAUCUUUGGUGGAGAAAAAAAGAAAACCGAGUCUCAGUUUUACUCGGCGUCACCAUCACCAUGUUCAUCACCAAGACCACUUGUAUCACCAAGAAUGUCGCCGUAUUCUAAAAAAAAGUGCGAAGAACUCAAAAGAGAAGACCCAUUCAUUUUUAUUCAAAGAAGUGGAAGCACUGAGCCUAAAGUGGGGAAAACCAGAGAGAAAACGGCGUUUAAAGGGGAAAAGAAGAAAUGA